AUGGGAGGAACUUUCGACUGGCUGGACAGCUUUCUGGAAGACAAGCCCGCCUACACAGAGCUUAGCGACAGGAUCGGGAUCGUGCCACAGCCACGAAGUUUGACCUUCCUUACAUACCGCAUCAGCCAGGAGGAUCCAGGAAUGGGCUGUGGCAUCUGGUCUUCCACGCCCAAAGAUGGGGCCACAGGCACAGCAUGGUUUGCUUUGUUGUGCAGUGCUGGGUUCCUCAGCUCGGUCGGCAUGGAAGCUGAAGCGUCCAAUGACAAGCCGUACUACAUGUAUGGGUUGCCGAGUCUGGACGACACGAGCACACAGAAGGUGGUGUCCAUGCUUGCGCCAAUGCAACCGCGCAACUACGUAGUGAUGGAGGUCAAGUCCAACCUGAUUAAGGAGGAGCGCGCACAGGUCCUGAAGAAGUUCCCCUCAACGCACUUCAAGAAAGUGGCCUACGUCAUCAUGGGAGAGCCGAAGGAGGAGUACAAGACGAGAGUCCGCAACAAGAUCCUGAAGCUGAAGCAGGACAAGGCCGACUCCACCUGGAGAAUCAAGAAGGCGCAGCAAGAACAGAAGAAGAAGAUGAUCCAACGGCAGAAGGAGCUGGAAGCCAAGAAGAAAGAGGCAGAAGAUGCCAAGAAGAAGAUGGAGGAGGAAGUGAAGAAAGCUGCACAGGAAGAGGGCACGGAAGAGAAAAAGGCAGAUGAAGCGACGGAAGAGCCAGCGGCCAAGCCGGAUGAAGAGAUGAAGCAGGCGGAGGAGGAGCCAGCGCCAGAGGAGGAAGAGGAUUUGGGUGAUGAGCCGCCGAAGGCGGAGCUCACAGAAGACGAGGAGAAGUUGAGCUUCCUCCCGAAGGGGGUUAUCCCAGACUUGACUCCCUCCAUUUUGGGCAAGGCGUUCGCGAACUUCACCAUUCCAGAGAAGGAUGAGGGCUUUGAUGAGAUCAAGUUCGUCUGGCAAGAGGAAUCGCAGAGCAAAGAGUACUUGCGCAAGUGGGUGCUGGAGACCAAGCUCACCACUCGUAUCGAGGACCUUCAGCCGUCCCAGGACUUCAGGGACAAGUUUGCAGCGUGGCAGAAGAGCUACACGGAGAUGCAGGCAAAGCAGAAGGCCUGGAAAGCUGCAGGUUCGAAGAAGAGCAAGGAUGCUGCCCCCGUCGACAUCACUGCAGUGGAGGACGUGAAUGACAUUGGCGGUGGCGAGCCUCUGUAUAGCAGCUUCGAGGCUGAGGACUGGGCUCUGCUGCAGCUUCGCUACGAGCUCUACUUGCUUCAGGAUUCCUUCAAGAAGGACGUGAACGACCCAGAUCGCGUUGCGAUUCCUGAAGCUCAUUUGAGCUUCUACUACAGCAAGUACUUCAAGAAGCAGAUGAACUUGAAGCAGUUUGGUGUCAGCGAGCUGGCGGACUUUGUCAAGUUGGUCAAGGACACCGUGGCUGUCAGCGAGGACUCGAAGAUGUUCUCCACGAUCUUAGACGACGAGCUCGAGUCGAUCGACAUGCUCGUGAAGUUCACAGAGGAGAGCCGAAAGGAGAGGCAACGCAGAAUUGACGCGGGCGACGAGACAGCGCGACUAAAGUUUGUCCUGCACAACCCUGCGCCAGCUCCUGUGGCGCCGGCUGCGGUACCACCAGUGCCGGUGGCACCGGCCAUCCCCGGGCCAAAGGGCAAGGGCAAGGGCAAGAAGGGGAAGUGGUAG